CCCUUCGGAGAAUGAAAUCUCACCAUGUUGAAUUGCUGAUUGCAGGUUUCUCUGAUGAAAUGCUGGAACUGCUCCUGUUCGCGCUGCAAGAUUUGAGGAACUCCUUGAAGGAACGCGGCUCCAAUCUCAUGAUUAGAUUCGGGAACGCAGAGCACGUCAUACAACAGCUUGCAUCUGAGGUGGAACAGGUGAAUGCCAGUUGUGUAUUUGCAGAACAAGAGGUGGAGUAUGAAUUGUACUUGCUUUUGGAUGUUGUGAAGGAGUGUAUGAAAGCUGUCACGGUUCGAGAACGUGCUCCUAGGAUUGAAUUAUGGAACACUCCAUUUUAUGAUGUAAAUGUUCUGCAAAAUCUUCCUGCAUCGUACGAUGACUUUAAGAAACUUCGACUACCCAUAACUGAACCACUUCAGCUGUCAAAAUUACCUGCUGCAGACAUGGAACUGGACUGGGGUACUCUUCCUGUAUAUGAUGAUGUAAAGAAUUUCAUUACCAGCAACCAAGGGAGAUUGAGAGAGAGGUGGAACUCAAUCAAGUUGACAUCAGCUGAAACCUUUACGGAAUAAAAUAAUGAAGUCUAGUGAGAGCAGUGAAGGAAUGACUCUAGGCAACUGCAGUCAAAGAAAUCAAAUGAAUCUGUUUUCCUGUCACAAAAAGGUAAUGCUGUAGGAGGUGGAACAAACAAUGUAUUAAAUGCCUUGGCUGCAUAUUUGAGAUAUUUCGAGGGAACAGCUCAUGAUGACUGGCAAGAGAUACAUGAAAAAGUACGUGCUUCUGAAAGUCGGAAUGGAGCAUCAUUUAUUGCACUCGUUGGUCCUGCUCUAUCUCUUGGCAUUAUAUCUAGAAGAAGUGUACACUAUGAAGCUAUCAACUAUGAGAGAGAACGAAAUGCAGGAUUUAUAUCUCCAUUUGGAUAUUCAGCUACCACAAUUGCAGGAGCAGUUGAUGCUGUGUUCUCGAAGGAGUGGUACUGGCUUAUGGCUUUGAGAAAUCAAACAAACAAUGAUGGGAUACACUCAACACGUAUGUGGAAAUGGAAUGGUUUUCUCAGGUAUUAUACAGUUGCUGGCAAUGAUGGUCCUUCUGUUGUUCUUGUGCAUGGAUUUGGCGCUUUCGCAGAGCAUUACCGUGACAACAUAAAUGAUUUAGCUGAAGCUGGAAAUCGUGUUUGGGCUAUUACAUUGUUAGGAUUUAGCGAUUCAGAAAAGCCAAAUAUUGUGUAUACUGAACUCUUGUGGGCCGAACUAUUGAGAGAUUUUAUUGUUGAUGUUGUGGGUGAACCUGUCCACCUUGUCGGGAACUCAAUUGGUGGUUAUUUCGUAUCCAUUGUUUCUUGUCUUUGGAGUGUUUUGGUCAAAUCUGUAGUCCUAAUCAACAGUGCUGGCAAUGUCGUCCCUAGUUAUACAUACAUACCUUUACCUGAAGAUAGAAAAACCUCCGGUGCCUCCUGGUUGGGCUCACGUGUUCUUCUACUAUAUUUGAGGUUACGGAUUCAGGAGUUAGUUAAGAAAUGUUAUCCAACUCGGACAGAAAGAGCAGAUGAUUGGCUCAUAAAUAAAAUGCUAAGAGCAGUAUCCUCUCCUGCUUCUCCUGUGGUCGUGGAAAGCAUCUUCAGUUUUAAUCUUUCCAUACCUCUUAAUUUUGAAGAAUUCAGGGAAAAGGUUCUGAUUAUACAGGGGAUGAAAGAUCCAAUUUCUGACUCCAGUUCCAGGGUGGCUACACUGAAAGAACAUUGCGAUGGACUUGUAAUUAAAGAAUUGGAUGCUGGCCAUUGUCCGCACGAUGAGCUGCCAGAACAAGUGAAUGAUAUCCUUUAUAAUUAUGAGUGGAUACCUAGGAUUGAAAGCCAAAUUUUGACAGGGUCCCCAGCUUAAAGUCUAUUGAUGUAUAUAGCAAAAUGUAAAUGUAUAUAAUCAUUAAUCAUUAUUACUAGAACAUUUUAUAAUUUAAUUUUCUUUCUUACUUAUUCAUAUAAA